CGGGGUGUGUGGGCGCCGCUUUGUUGCCCGAGGCGGGUGGCGGUGGAAGUCGAGGGGGUCAGAGGCUAGCGCUUCUCGGGACCUGCAGUCGCGGCCGUCGCAGUCACGUCGCCCCGUAGCCUUCAUCCUGGGAAUCGCGCCGACAGCAGCCAUGAGCGGCGGCGUGUACGGGGGAGAUGAAGUUGGAGCCCUUGUUUUUGACAUUGGGUCCUAUACUGUGAGAGCCGGUUAUGCUGGUGAGGACUGUCCCAAGGUGGAUUUCCCCACAGCCAUCGGAAUGGUGCUAGAAAGAGAUGAUGGAAGCACACUGAUGGAAAUAGAUGGCGAUAAAGGCAAACAAGGCGGCCCCACCUAUUACAUAGAUACCAAUGCCCUGCGUGUUCCGAGGGAGAAUACGGAGGCCAUUUCACCACUCAAAAAUGGGAUGGGUACGAUGUCUUUUUCUAGCGACUUGAUUAUAAAUAGAGAGUUAUGGGAUCAUACCUACAAAAUGCAUGUCAAAUCAGAACCAAGCCUGCAUCCUGUUCUCAUGUCAGAGGCACCGUGGAACACUAGGGCAAAGAGAGAGAAACUGACUGAGUUAAUGUUCGAACACUACAACAUCCCUGCAUUCUUCCUUUGCAAAACUGCAGUUUUGACGGCAUUUGCCAAUGGUCGUUCUACUGGGCUCAUUUUGGACAGUGGAGCCACUCAUACCACUGCGAUUCCAGUUCACGAUGGCUAUGUCCUUCAGCAAGGUAUUGUGAAAUCGCCUCUUGCUGGAGACUUUAUUACUAUGCAAUGCAGAGAACUCUUCCAAGAAAUGAACAUAGAACUGAUUCCUCCGUAUAUGAUUGCAUCAAAAGAACCUGUGCGGGAAGGAUCUCCGGCAAACUGGAAAAGAAAAGAGAAGUUGCCUCAGGUGACAAGGUCUUGGCACAAUUAUAUGUGUAAUUGUGUGAUUCAGGAUUUUCAAGCUUCAGUACUUCAAGUGUCAGAUUCAACUUACGAUGAACAGGUGGCUGCACAGAUGCCCACCGUUCAUUACGAAUUCCCUAAUGGCUACAACUGUGAUUUUGGAGCAGAGCGGUUAAAGAUUCCUGAAGGAUUAUUUGACCCUUCCAAUGUAAAGGGAUUAUCAGGAAACACGAUGUUGGGAGUCAGUCAUGUUGUCACUACGAGUGUUGGAAUGUGCGAUAUUGACAUCAGACCAGUAAGUGCCAGUCUCCUGUUUGAUGGUAUAAAGGUAUCUUUUAGCGCAGUGGAGUGCUGCGCCAAACUCAUUUUUAAGUUUAAGUUGGCAGGUUUGGGCAUCGACUUUGAAGUCUCUUUUAUAACAAUGUAUAAAAAGAUGAAUAUGCGGUUGAAACUGAUUGCAAAUAAUACAACAGUAGAGCGGAGGUUUAGUUCAUGGAUUGGUGGCUCCAUUCUAGCUUCUUUGGGCACCUUUCAACAGAUGUGGAUUUCCAAACAAGAAUAUGAAGAAGGAGGGAAGCAGUGUGUAGAAAGGAAAUGCCCCUGAACAGAGUCCCCACACCUCUGCCUUCCUGUGUCACCUUACGUGUCAUAGCUUUAGUAUACUCAGGAAAAGAAUGACCAUCUUUUGUAGAAUGUUUAUACAUUUUUGCAUAUUUCAAUUUCUACUUAAAAUUUUUAAGGCUU